AUGAGUGAGCGCUCUGAAUUACUGGCUGAAAAUAUCUAUUUGAAAAACAAGGUUCAAGAACUGAAUAUAGAGAUACAGCAAUGGAAAUCUCACAUCGAAGAAUUGUCAAUGAAAUAUUACAAACUGCAAUAACAUAAGAUUAAUCCAGAGGAUCUUUUGGAACUCGAAGAUUUGAAACUUUAGUAGCAAAGAUACUAGGAAUAGGAAUUUUAAUAAAGUGUUAUGAUAAAUCAAUAAAAAUAAGUGAUCCUCAAUUUGUAAUCUGAAAAUAGAGAUCUGAUUGAUAAAGUAGAUAAAUUAGAGUAGAAGGCAAAAAAUUAUGAUUGUUUGAAAUAAUAAUAUUGGAACUUGGAAAAGGCAAGUCAAAAAUAUUUUGAAGAAUUGGAAACUAUUAAAUAGAGACCUCCUACUAUCUUGGUUCCCAACCCAGAUGUCACAGCUCUGUAUAGAGAGAUCAAUCGUUUAAAUGCGAUUAUUUAAUCAAUGUGUAAAAAUUCUAUUGAAUCAAUGUGCGUGACUUCAGUUGAUCACAGGAGGAAUCAACCUGAGGAGUAGAUGAUGAUGAGGAAUUCUGCCGAAUACUAGAAGCAGAGGUUGAAUGACCAGUCAAAUAGGAAAUCUAAUGGGAUGGAAUAAUUCUAUUGA